AUGCUGAUGAUGCUUCAUAUGACCCUUUCUCUUCUCUUUUUCCUUUCUUCACGGAACGUCUUGGAUCCCCUUUUCAUCACGGAGUUAUCAGCUAGCACGGUUAGUUACUCCAAAAAUACGCCCGGCUCAACUUCGGCUCAAUGGUGCUCAGUCUUGCACCACCACUACUCAUGGUCGGCUCAGUCCAGCUCAGGCUUCUUAUGGUCCGGUCGGUCCCGCUCAGGUUCCCAUUUCCAGGACCCUUUAAUUGCCCGAGCGGCCCACCUUGUCUGUGUGCCGUGUCUAACCAAAGAUGUCAACUCUACGCGACCACCUCGGGGUGCCCAAUUAUGGGAACCCCCUGCGCUAGACAGGAUUCCUACUAUGUUCGCCACAUUAGCACCCUCGCGUAAUGCACGGUUCUGCGCGAAGCUGUCAAAACUUCAACCACCUCUCUCUUAA